CAUGCUUGUACGUAUAUGCAUUUCGUACACACAAAUAAGGUACCUGAUGUACCUCACCUAAUAUAAGAGACCUGAGGAAAAUAUUUGACCUUGGCGAGGUAAUAGACUCUAUACUGAUAUGUAGAUGGACUAACAGGAUAUGAUGGACACGCAUAGAGUUGCUUUAUUCUAAGGCGAGACAGGGUAAGGUAAAAAGCCUACCUAAAACUCUCUUCCAACCUUUUCAAUCUCAGAAAGAAACGAUAUGCUUACAUUGCUUGCUUACCAGACGAUUUCACCACCAAAUGCACGGAGGACAAGGCAAUCAAAACUCAAGUGAUAAAAAAAGAAGAAAAAGAAAAAGGUUAAGUAGAGCAGGGGGCAUCGCCAAACGCGGAAUGUGUUUGUGUUCAUUCGAAUCGAAUCUACGAAUUAGGUAGGUACCCCCUGAGAUGUGUUGCCAUUUUUUCCACUUCAAACUUGUUGAACUUGCACCCGUUUCUUCUUGCCACAACGGCCUCGCCUGCAUUUAUACUGCGCUGCAACUGCACUGCAUUACAUUGCACAUCCUUCUAUUCCACAAAUCCCCACUCUUCUUCUUCUCUUUUUUUCUCCUAUACCCCUUCUCCUAUCCUAUCCUAUCCUAUCCUAUCCCACCCUAUUUCUGUUCCUUUUGGCUGCCUUAGGUAGAGUAGGUAGGUAGGUACCUUAGGUACUCAUAUGACUUCACUGCUCCCGCUCCCGCUCACGCGAGGCUAAACUCGGGUAUCUCGCCCAUCUCGGACUUAUUCUCGGCGCCCAGGGUGUAGCUGACGCGCCACCUGAGCUUGAUGCUCUCAACUUUUUUCGACCGGUCUCCCGCGUGGAACACCUCGACCGACUGGGACACGCCCGCCGUCUGCUUGGGCUGCAGGGCGCGGCCCGUCUGCGGCUGGAGUUGGAGUUCGAAGCCCUGUGGGUUGUUAGCUACCUAAACUGAGGAAGUUUACUAAGAUAGGGGAGGGGGAGGGGGAGAAGGGGGAGUGUGAUUGAUCAGUUGACUCACCUUUGUAACGGCUAGUUGAAAG